AUGUCGUACGCAUCAGUUGCAGCCAAGGAUGCUCCUCCUCAGAGCGAGCAGCCAGUCCCGUCAGCGCACUACGCCGAGGGCCGAAACGCAGGCAACUAGUGAGUAUCUGCGUCCGCCUCUGAUCAUCGAGACGACUGUCCUUUGUGAUGGCCAGGGCCUCAAGCUGACGCACACGCACAUGUUCACUUCAUCACUGCGCAACCUGAGCAGCACGAGCGCCCAUCCAGACGUAGACUCUGGUAAGGUCAACAUCGUGCCUAGCGGAACGGACUUGGAUCACAUCAGGACCGAGUCCGCCGAAGAGGCUGACAAGGCCAUCCAACGAGCUCGUGCGGAAGCCGAGAGGGCUCAAAAGGAAGCCAAGGAUUUGGCAGAGCGGGCAAAGAAGCAAGCUGGAAAGGCGGAGAAGAGGUGAGUCGCCAUCUCGGUGCUCUAACGCUUGUGUCGGGUCUGGCCACGCAGGUCUUUCCCACGGCCACUAAUUACCGAACGCGCGAAUAACACUGUGUCCACAGAGUCUCCAAGGCCGCUUCGGACGCAUCCAAGCAAGUUGGAGCCUUCUGGCAAAAGUUCUCCUCGGAGCCCGCAUACUGGGCCUCGACGCUCGGAGCAGGUGAGUGCUGUAUCAUGCGCUCGAGCAAUCUUUCGACUCUUGUGCGAAAGUGCGCUGCUGACAUUCGCAAUUUGCGCCGACCGACGUAGUCAAUGUCGCUCUUCUGGGAGGAAUUGGAAUAUAUGCCUAUGCGAACCGCGACCAAGCGCGAAGCUGGGAUCGUCGUUUGGUUAGCGGCGCGGCCGUCGGAAUCCUUAGCUUGCUUGGACUGCAGAGCUACGCAGCUACCGAGGCGGCCAGACGUCAAAAGGGCAAAAAGUAA